CUCUACUGUUAAGUGGGUUUACCUGGAUGCGAAUCUCUCUUCGAGUUCUCCUCUCCUUUGCCAGACGAGUCCGUACCUCACGCUCGCUUUUCUCCGCCCGGCGGCGACUGCAAAACCAUCACCGCCGGCGAUUAUACAACCAUCACCGGCGGCGGAUCACCACCUGGGCAACAUUCUUUCUUUCUUUCGGCAACCCCAACUCGCCCAUCAAUCAAGCUCAACAGUUGUAUGAUAAUCUAAUGGAUGGACAAGGCUUCUGUUCUUGGAGACGCUAUCAAGUAUUUGAAGCAACUGCAAGAGCGAGUGAAGAUAUUAGAGGAACAGACGGUCAAGAAAAGAGUGGAAUCUGUGGUGUUAGUCAAGAGAUCUCAUAUCUCGGCCGAUGAUGACAAUUCUUCCGAUGAGAAUAACUUGGAUGGGGGUCGCUCCGAUGAUGAGGCGGCACUCCCGGAAAUAGAAGCGAGAGUGUCGGACAAGGACGUGCUCAUAAGAGUUCACUGUGAGAAACAGAAAGGAGUUGUUGCCAAGGCACUGGCCGAGAUAGAGAAACUCCACCUUACUGUUGUCAACACUCAACAGCAGCGUCAUCCCCUUUGGGAAAUCAGCUCUCAAUAUCACCAUAGUUGCUGUGCUGGCGGUGAUGGUUGUGUAGUCGCCGGCGGUGAUGGUUUUACAGCCGCCGUUGGGCGGAGAGGAGCGAGCGUGAGGUUCGGACUCGUUUGGCAGAGGAGAGGAGAGAGAACUCGAAGAGAGACUCGCGUCCAGGUUAAACUCACUAACGGUAGAAACUACUAACGGGGGUUAAAGCCCUUCGCACGUUUCAGAACGUCACACGCUUCGAAGGAUACGCGGCACGUCCUCCGAAUGCACGAAACGAUUCGCGGACCAAAAGAGCCUGCACUGAAGUCGGACUCAUCAAUAAAGAGCCUGGACUGAAGUCGGACUCAUCAAUACCACACAUGCAAUCUGUAAUAAACGUCUAUUUCAUUAUUAAUUAAUAAUGGUCUUCUGAAUAACAAGAGGUCUUUCCUACACAAGAAAAGAAAAAAAAAAGA